UGUGUGUUUGUGAGUCCACAUCUAUUGGCCCUACUCUGAUAUGUACUAUAAAGGGGAAUUUUCCUUUGUCUAAUGUAGAAACUGAUCAGUGUAUCGAGUUUAAACAAUGCUAGUUAUUUUAAAUAUGUAUAGCGUCAUUGAUACCAUGUUUAAAUCCUGAUCUACAACAGAAUAGAUACUUUACAAAUCAUUAAAGAUUUGAUGAUAAUGUUCCACAUCUGUUAGAAGCAGAAGUUAAACAAGGAAAUGAGCAAUGACAUGUUAGCUCAGAGAGCCAAUGCAAUGAUGUGAUGAUGCUUCCACUCAAAGCAGAGGAAAGGUUUCAGAGAAUCUAAGGUUGAGCACUGAAGGUCAUCUGAAAAUGUAUGUCAUUCUGUUCAUUGUAUGUGUUCUCUUUUAUAAACCAUCAAUGCAAUAUUCUACAAGUAUUCGGCAGACAGAAGAUGUAGCAGUUCAAGUAGGCGAUGAUGUGACAUUAUACUGCUUUCACCCAAAAGAACAACUGAAUAGAGUCAUGUGGUUAAAACAGACUCUGGGAGAGAGACCUGUUCUUGUAGCCUCUUCAUAUCACUGGACUCAAGAAAGUGUACUUUAUGAUGAUUUUGAAAAGUCAAAACGCUUUAGAGUAGAUACAUUGAGUGGCAGCUUUAAUUUGACUAUUCAAAAAACGGCAGAAUCUGAUUCAGCUACAUACUUCUGUGCUGUUUCUUUCUCUAAUGUUGUCCACUUUGGAGCAGGAACUAAUCUAGUGCUUAGAGCAGGUUCUAAAUCCAACAGGAUUCAUAUUCUACAGCAGCCUCACCCUGAAAUAACAUCGUCCGGUGGAAAUGUAACUCUACUAUGUACAAUCCAAAAUCAACAAGAGAGUUGUGGAGAUGAUCACAAAGUCUACUGGUUCAAACAGGGUUUAGAAAAAUCCCAUUCAGGAAUCAUUUACACUCAAGGAAGUUGUAAAAACAGCUCAAUGACUGUUUCUCCUACCAAGAGCUGUGUCUACAGUCUCUCUUUGAGAAACAUCAAGCCCUCUGAUGAUGGGACUUACUACUGUGCUGUGGUCACGUGUAAGGAGAUUUUAUUUGGAAAUGGAAUUAAUCUGGCUUCUUAUGAUGAAGGUAAAGGCCAACACAUAAAUAUCUAC